AUGCGCGUCACGCACUGGGCGUACACCGCCGUCCAGGACCUUAGCAAGCUGUGCUGCCUCUCCCUCCGUCCGGGGAAUGCGCAUCUGCUCUUGCUAGACAAGGAAAUGUGGCCGGUGAUAAGCCGUCCUACCGCUCCCGCGUCCGGUGAGUUAGGCUAUGUAUGCGAGAUAGAUAGUACCCCUGACCUUGUGCGACUGAUGCGAGAGCUUGUGCCGCCCGGCAUAUUCGUAUCAAAGGCUUUUACCAGAGCCACACCAUAUCCCGGGGCCAAAUCCUUUCGGCUUGUGGUCAGGAACGUAGAGCUCGUAGCAACCACAAAGGACUCGCGGAACGAGCUAACCGACCCGCAUACCGAGUGGGCAAUGGCGGCAGUGGCGCACAACGGGUAUCAGCAGCUGGGCAUGGGUGCGGAAGUACCUUUAGUUUUUCCACGAGAGAUGUAUUUUAAAGCUACGGCCCUUGGAGCAGACAGCCAUGCGGGCCGCCACGGCCCUACGGACUCAAUAGACAGCUAUUCAUACAGUGUGGACUCGUCCUACCUAGGCUCCACCAUGGAUUCGAGUAUCGAUAGGCAAGGAAAUACGGAGAAGCCCGUAAUGCUGCACUCAGACAUCCCUUUUGAGAUCAGUGGGCUGCCCGUGCACUCCACCACGUCCCUUGUUGUCGCGAUCCGGUACCGGAAACCUGGGGAUCGGUCCUUCAAAGUGGUGGGGUUCUGCGUCUUUCCGUUGUGCCUCAUGCCAAUGGAAAACCGUGAUGUACGUGUGGAAAACCUGCCCGCGCUCCGGGGUCCCUUUUCUUGUGAAGACGCUCGGAUGAUAAUGAUGGAUUCAUCGACCCCAUACGGCCGUGUACCUAUUGCCGUCACACUGACCAUAGAGUAUCAUGACAUAGAGGUGCCACUGGGCCUACCAAAACCUCUUACAACUGCGGCAGAGACCGGUCCCAUGCCUUCCUCUGUUGUAGGUAAUGAAGAACAAGCAAGAUUUUCUGAUGAAGAGGAGAUGAGCCUAUCCAGUCGAGUGGUGGAUGGUCGAGUCGCAUCGAUGACUAGGGUGGGUCCUUAUAAUCUCCUGGUCUCACCGGAAAUAGAAGGAAAGUCGUCUCCUUCAGGCCCCACCGCCGCAGCAAGCGCAAUCAACGUUGGCCAGCAAGGUUCUUUGUUAGCUCACAAAGGAGCUGUGGCACGACCAGUCGGUGGUGAUGGUAUCUUCCAGAUGUUAUCUAGUAUAAUGGAGGAACUCCAGAAGGUGCGCGAGUCGCAGCAUCUUAUUCUCCAGCAGGCGGCGGGGGGUGCGCGCGGCGAAGAGCUGGCGGUGCUGUCGCCUGCUCUACUUGAACGGCGAAAUCAGAGGCUUGCCGAUGAUGCCAUUGACCUGAUUGAUUUGGUACCCCGGCCUAUAGCUAUUUCUUGGGCUGCCCGCCGCGCCAUUCAGGAGGGUCAGCAACCUAUCCUCCACCCGCUCAAGGGCAGUAUUCUCGAUGAUAGCGCGCCUGCACUCGGCGAGCUACCUGCCUCGAUUUUUGGUAUCCGCUUUGAGGGGAUAACGCUGGACCGCGUAGUUGAAAUGCCCACAAAUGUGUGUAUGAUGUUCUCCUUCGGCCCACUGCCCUAUCAGCAGGUAGGAGCGAUGCGCACUAUUUCGGUCGACAGGAACAACUCGACGGAGAGCUUCAAACUGUACGAUGGCGAACGCGCGGGGUUCACGUGGCACGAGCCGGUGGAGUCUCUGGGGAGUGUGGCAAUGAUUAAAUUCAAGCAGCGUGGGGGGGUGCUGUACGUCCAUGUGUACGAUGCUCUCGAGAUGUUCUACAUCGCCACAGCCAAAUUACCGCUAGCCCACUUUGUGCGACCUUACCGGUCCGCUGCGGCGGUCAUCCCGAUGGACCUCACCCUGGAGCGUGACUUUACCAUGACGGAGAAAGCCAUACCACCAACGAUAUUUCCACUCAUGUGCAACGCGGGCCAACUUCAUGUGAGUCUCUUCUGUAUCGGUGUGGGAAGUGGAGAUGCUGAUCUAAAGCUCGCUUCCACGUCCAUGGUCGAGGAGCCGCCUGGUAGUACACGGCUGAUCGUGGCCAGGCGUUUGCCGCGUACCGAUCGCCUCAAUGGCACAUCAGAGGGCCACCUCAUAGACAAAGGCACGAUAGACGCCACACAGACCCCAGUUGAUGAUUCAACUCCGGACCAAGGCAGGGCGGAGGACGCCGUGUGCGGUUUGCACUGGCGGCGAGUUGGGCACUUUAAGAAACAGCUCACGAAGGAUGAAAUCGGAGCACUGCUCCCAGGCGUGCCGGCUACGCACGUUCGUGCUGCACAGGACGAUGCAGAAAUGGAAUACCGUCUCCGCUUUGCUGAGAAGGAACGUGAUGAGGCCAAAAGUAGAGCUAUCGCUAAGUCCUUAUUGAAUCGAAUAACCGUGGUGCACAGGCUGCAGGUCGUGGCGUGGAGGCCGGAGGUUGUUCAAAUGACGUUCCGAAAUCCCCAUGUGAUCACACUGCAAUUUUUCGUGGAGGUGGCCCCCGAGGACGCUGAUGUGUGUGCGCCGGUAGACGCCAAAACAGCGUCCUUUUACUUGGGACCGAAGGAACAAACGGAGGUGGCACUAGUUCUGCGCCUUAAUCCAUGCAUAUCAAAGGACUUCGUAAAACCCAUUCAGUACGGCGAGACACGUCAUAUAAUAGCUAAGCUCUAUACAGAAAAACGUGAAUUAGUGCGGUGGAUUGAUAUCUACGCUACGCUGGUGGCACCCAUUGUGAACCGCCGCUAUGAAAUAUUUGGUCCAAUUGGCUGCGAGACCACGAAACGCUUAUUCUCACGUGUGUUUGCCUCGUCAGCUCUUCCUAUCCUGUCAAGCCAGAAUGAAUUACUACAACGUAUGGAACAGAUGUGCGGGUUCGCCAUUACUUCAGAGGAGAUUACUCAAGCUAAAACUAAUGCCGUUAUUGAUCCUAUCACGCAGAGCUACAUCACGGCUUGGGAAGAAGUGUCCGUCACGACCACGAUCCCGAAGGAACCAAACCAGCAGCGCAUCGAGUACAUUACACUCUUUUACGAUGCAGCCAUGACUCGAGUCUACGAAACGUGGGAACUGUGUGUGUUCCCCUGCCAAAGCCUCAUAUCACGUGAAGUCCAUUGGGGCCAGACGGUCGUUCUGGGCUUUCCCGCCAAGGGCAUCAAAGCAAUGUACUGUAAUGAGACUAAUGCGAAGGUAGAGCACGUGGGGUCAUCCUUUGUGUUACGCCUCACUCCUCGAGAAAUCGGGAAUCAGCAGCUCCUCCUUCACAUGCUCGAAGAAAAUACCCUGAAAAAAAUCUUACUCACUGUGCCAGUAGUCCACCCAACACCAACCUUUACCCAGGUGAUUGAACUCUCUCAGGACGAUGUUAGAGCCCCGAUCUUCCGUCGGAUGAAGUUCACCCAUCAUGGUGAUACCGACGAGGUCUUCCAUGUGCACCACAACUACAAGUAUCAACUGCAGAUCAAUCCUUCCUCAUUUGGACUGGCCCCAGGCGAUUCUCAGUAUAUUUCACUGCAGCUCGACAUGCUGUCACUGCCACCCGGCCAACUCGAAGGACGGUGGCCUAUGUGGAUUUUCAUUAACGAUUCCAGAAACAAAACCGUGGAGUCCUACUAUUUACAGGUAGUGCUGCGCGCUCACCCGGUGACUGUUGUCGCACCGACCUCGUAG